AUGUCUUAAUUGAAACAUCUUUACCCCGGUCUGAUUUUGAACGAUUAAAGAUUUCUCGCAGUUUCCAUUCCCUUAUUGAAAUUUUCGCCGCGAACAUGAGAUUCAUUUCGAUUCCCAUAAACGACGUAACGAAAACGCGUUGCCUCGGCUGAAAUGCAUUUAUUGUUCGAGGCUGGCAAUUGUAGAGGCACGGGUACUGUGACUGAUUGUAAGACUGAUUUAGCUUAACGGGGAUCAUCAUCGAACUUUCAGCUUCCUGAAAGUGACGCGGAUGCGCAGAAAGUUUGACGUCAAACGGUCUCGGUUAAGGGACAGGACCUUCCGACUGCCAUAGAUAUUGAUUUCCCGGAGUUUUGAGGUUUCUAGAGCAGCGGACGUUGUAGCGCAGACGCCAUCCUCAACAUGGCGGUCCAUCAGACGCGAACCGUUCCGCGUCGCGUUUCAACCCGUUCGGUUUGGCCCGGUGUAGGAUUUUCGGGAAACAAUAGGGCCGCAGCUCGAAAGAGCCAACCGUAGUCUCCGAUUCCUCGAGCUAGUGGACUGGUCCCGAUCAACAUGGCGGGCGAGACAUGUGCCGCUGUCACGUGUUUUCUGAUCGCGUCGAUCGCAGUCGCCAAUGGACAAUUUUUAUCCACGGAACAUAAAACUCCCCAAGCUUCGGAACGAGUGAACGAUUUAUGGUGUUAUCAGUGUGACACAAUGGAAGAUGGAGAGAGAUGUUCCAAUCUAACCGGAAAUUAUAGUGCUUUCGAGCACAAGUGCACUGGUGACAAAAGGACUUGCAUGGUGAAACGAUUAUCUUACACGUUUAGUACCGAGAAUUCCACAUCAAGCCCACUAACGUGGUCCACAGAUAGAAACUGUACAAGCAAAUGUGAACCCGGAUGCACAGUAAUUGGUGUACGUACAAAAUUGUACACUUGCACCGCUUGCUGCGAGCAAUCGUUCUGCAACGUCGGCACCGGUGCUGCCGAUCCGCAGUCUAGUUAUUACUAAAUUUAUUUCUCGUUCAUCUUAUUUUAUGUUGCGCAUGAGUCCACUGUGUCGUAAUUUGUUGCACAGAGUUUUAAUGUGAAAUGUCAAAAUAAUGAGAAAGGCGUCGCGCAAAAUGUCGCCCGUCUUUUGUUACAGGACAGCAUCCGUGGGGAAAUGUUAAUGAUAACGUUUGUAUAUUAUUGUAAAUUUCGUGGACUCGAGGUUUAGUGUACAUACAUUAAUUACAACUAUAUUGUGGAUCUUUGUGGAGAAUUAAUGAUCUAUGCAUCUAUUUGAAUUGAAAAUUUACUUACUUAUUAUUAGAGAGAGAGAGAGAGAGAGAGACUAUGAAUUCUCUUUUCAUUUUUAGCGUGUUCAGAUUUUUACAAUGAAAGUAUUAAUCAACAAGGUCUAAUGGCAUUCUUAUUUUAUUUUUACAACGAGUGAUGUUUUAAUUGACGAAAGAAACUUGUCUUCAGUUCGGAAUAAAGUUGGUGUCACAGUUCAAGUUUUUG